AUGGAAGCAUUGGUUUAUACAUUUCUCUUAGUAUCCACUUUAGGGAUAAUUUUUUUCGCUAUUUUUUUUCGGGAACCACCUAAAAUUUCAACUAAAAAAUGA